AUACAGUACCACGAGAAAGACCUUAGCAUUGCCAAGGAAGUCGUCGACAGGGCCGGAAAAGGACGUGCCUAUUGCAAUCUCGGCAAUGCUUAUCAAAACCUCGGCGACUUUCAACGAGCAAUAGACUACCAGGAGAAACACCUUAGCAUUGCCAGGGACAGGGACUUCCAACGAGCAAUAGAGUACCACGAGAAACACCUUAGCAUUGCCAAGGAAGUCGGCGACAGGGCCGGAGAAGGACGUGCCUAUGGCAAUCUCGGCAAUGCUUAUAAAAACCUCGGCGACUUCCAACGAGUAAUAGAUUACCACGAGAAAGACCUUAGCAUCGCCAAGGACGUUGGCAACAGGGCCGGAGAAGGAGGUGCCUCUUGCAAUCUCGGCAAUGCUUAUCACUCUAUCGGCGACUUCCAACGAGUAAGAGAGUACAACGAGAAAGACCUUAGCAUCGCCAAGGACGUCGGCGACAGGGCCGGAGAAGGACGUGCCUAUUCCAAUCUCGGCAAUGCUUAUCACUCUAUUGGCGACUUCCAACGAGCGAUAGACUACCACGAGAAACACCUUAGCAUUUCCAAGGACGUCUUCGACAGGGCCGGAGAAGUACGUGCCUAUGGCAAUCUCGGCAAUGCUUAUAACUCUAUAGGCGACUUCCAACAAGCAAUAGAGUAUCACGAGAAAGACGUUAGCAUUGCCAAGGACGUCGGCGACAGGGGCGGCGAAGGACGUGCCUAUGGAAAUCUCAUCAAUGCUUAUAAAAACCUUGGCGACUUCCAAAGAGCAAUAGAGUACCACGAGAAACACCUUAGCAUUGCCAAGAACGUUGGCAACAGGGCAGGAAAAGGACGUACCUCUGGCAAUCUCGGCAAUGCUUAUAAACACCUCGGCGAAUUCCAACGAGUAAAAGAGUACCACAAAGAAGACCUUAGCAUCGCAAAGGACGUCGGCAACAGGGCCGGAGAAGGACGUGCCUAUUGCAAUGUCGGCAAUGCUUAUCACUCUAUCGGCGACUUCCAACGAGCAAUAGAGUACCACGAGAAACACCUUAGCAUUGCCAAAGACGUCGGCGACAGGGCCGCCACAGGACGAAAUUUCAAGAAUCCGUAA